AUGGAUCCCCUGAGCCUCUCAGCAAGCAUCACGGCAGUUGCUACAGCGGCCUUUCAAAUUAUAGGCUAUUUGAGCUCGGUUGCAUCAGGAGGGAAAGACCGUUUGUCGCUGUUGAACGAGAUCACACAUUUAUGGUUGACGAUCACGGCUCUCCAGGCCCAAAUCACCAACACUCAGGGACAAGAAGCGAUACCUAAAGAGCUGCAGUCAUUAUUCGCUGCCGACACCGGGAUUAUCAAAGAAAUUGAAGAUCUUGUGAAUGAUCUCGAUGCCAAACUCAAGUCGAGGUCCGGCUAUGGGAAAAUUAGACAGACGCUAACAUGGCCACUCACUGAGACCGAUGUUUUGAAAGUGGUUGAAAAAGUCCACCGAAUGCAGCAGACUAUACAGUUUGCACUAUCGCAGAUUAAUCAUUCCAUGACCCAGGAGAUCUAUCAGACCACUCAAGCGGUAAAGGAUGUGAUGGAUGAAGCUCAAGUGAAAGAGAUGAUUGAUUGGUUAUCGCCGCUAAAUUUCAUUGCCAAACAACAAUUGCUUUUCCGGGAACACCACGAGGGCACCUGUAAAUGGUUCCUUGACGAUGAAGACUUUCGUGAAUGGAUUGAACGUGAAAAAGGGAUUCUCAUCUGCCCAGGUAUUCCUGGCGCUGGAAAAACCUACCUAUCAGCAAUUGUGAUAGAUGAACUGGACAAACUACGUCGAAGUAAUGAAAAGCCAAUGAAAGAUGCUGCAAUUCUGAUGCUGUACUGCAAGUGGGACGAUGUACAUUCGCAGUCUAUAGACUCAUUACUUGGUAGUCUUCUCAAGCAGGUUGCUCAGCGAUAUGGAGUCAAAUCGAAGGAUACAUUGGAAAUGUUCACCAAACACGACCGAGUCCGAACGAAGCCGGGUCGCGAAGAAUUGCUGUCUGUGCUGGACAAGGAGUUGCUAAAAUUUCCACGUUCAUUCAUCGUCAUUGAUGGGCUCGACGAGUUGCGAGAAGAAGAUGACCGCUUGACUUUGCUCGAGAUUCUGUACUCACUAGAAGCCAAAGUCAACUUGAUGGUGACAUCACGGCCUUUGGAAAACAUCGUGAGACAUUUCAGUCAUGUGAAUCGUCAAAUUUACUGCGAUGUAUGCCUCAAAGGUAGCCAGCCGUAUCAUUAUCAUUGCUACGUAUGCGAUAAUUCCGAUUAUGACCUCUGCCAGUCCUGCAUUGAUAAUGGCAAGCAGUGCAAAGGCCAAGGACAUUCUCUUAUUAAACAAUUCAACAGCUUCCGAAUCGAAGUCGCUGCCGUCGAGGAAGAUUUGCUCACCUACGUGGAAUGGCGUAUUACAACUUCUGCAUUUUUACAGAAAUGUGUAGCGCUUAAGGAAGGAUUGAGAGAGAAGAUAAUACAAACAGUUGUGAACGACAAUGGUGGAAUGUUCCUUCUGGCAAAAUUCAACAUGGAUACAUUGACAUCGAAAUUGAGACCCGGAGACGUCAUGGCGGCACUCGAGGUACUUCCAAAUGAGCUUGAUGGGACAUUCACAGAUGCGAUGAGCCGCAUUGCCGAUCUAUCUAUGAAUCAUCGAGAAAUUACAAUGGACUUUUUGAGAUGGGUAGUCUUUGCUGAGGAGCCAUUACAUGUUGGGGCUAUCGAGCAUGCGAUUGCGGUAACAGAGACGGAUGAUGAUAUAAAUCAAGACUAUAUUAUCCAGGCGCCUGUUCUCGCCUCGAUGUGCGCUGGGUUGGUUCAGUUUGACGAAUCGGAUUGUGUGCGGCUCGUACAUUAUUCAGCACAGGACUUUUUCCGUCGCAAUUGGGAGCAAUAUUUCCCCGAAGGACGAGAUAAAUUGGCGUCUGUUUGCUUAACCUACCUUUUAUUCCAGCCAUUCAGAAUGGGUGCUUGCUCUGGGCCCAGCGAAUUGACUGAUUUUGAUGAACGCCUUGAAAAGUAUCCAUUAUUUGGCUAUGCGGCUAAGCAUUGGGGUAAGCAUCUCGUUCAAACCUCUCGGGAUGACCUUUGGGAACGUGCCCGAAACCUGCUUCAUGAUCAAGGUUGUUUUGCAGCUUUGACGCAAGCCUUGUGGUACGUGGACAAUGACGACCAAUCGAGUUGGACUGGCAAGGAUGGUAGUUCUGAAUUACAUUUGGCUUCUCAUUUGGGCCUGACCAAACUUGUAGCCGAACUCGUUUCAGAGGGCAUUAAUCCUGAUAUCAAAGAUGUGAACGGAGUAACACCGCUUGUGCUCGCGGCAAUGCAGGGCAACGUGGAUGUUGCAAAAGUCCUUAUCGAAGCCGGUGCCUCCGUCAAUAGCGUUGAUAAUACGGGUUCCUCUCUGCUUUACAAGGCCACGGACAGAUAUCAAGUUGCCUUUGUUUCAUUGCUGGUUGAACAGAAAGAUUUGAAUGUGAAUAUCGCACAUCCAAGACAUAAUAACUUUACUCCAUUAAUCCGUGCGGCCUUGGAUGGGUAUACGGAUAUUGUCAAAUUGCUGGUAUCUGUGCCGCAAUUGGAAAUCAACAAAACCUGUUCCGAACCUGCAGGUGCGACUGCGUUGAUCUAUGCAGCCAUUGCAGGAACGCUUGAUUGUGUCAAUGUUCUUCUUUCUCAACCCGGAAUCGAUAUUGAUCUGCAGGAUGAGAGAGGUGCAACCGCUCUGAUAUAUGCCGCAGAGAAUGGAUAUACAGAAAUUGUCCAAGCAUUAUUAGAGAGAGACGCAAACACUGAAGCGCUUGAAGUUGGCACCAGAGGCACGGCGCUCAUGCGGGCAAUCGACUACAACGCCAUCCCUGUCGUGAAAUUACUACUUCAACACGGCGCGAACGUACACCACAAAGAUUGCUUUGACCGAGGCAUGCUCCAUGGUGCAGCAUGUAAUGGUCAAUCGGAAAUUAUAGAGAUUCUGCUCGAGUUCGACCCUACAUUGGAUAUCAACAUGCAGGAUGUAAACGGUAAAACGACAUUACACGAUGUCGCUCGAAAUGGAUACAUGGAUACAGCCAAAGUACUCUUAGAUCAUGGUGCUGAUCCAACCAUCAAGGAUAGAUUCGGCCGAACACCAAUCCGUAUUGCUCGAGAGGUAAACCAUACCGAAAUCCUGCAACUGCUCCGAGAUGCUAGACGACUGCGAGAAGAGCAGAAGAGACAUGGCCAUGAUGAAGUUGACUUCCUCCCGCCAAAACGAACUGAUACUGGCACAAUAAUCUUACCCCCUCGCCGCACGGACACUGGAAUGUCUGUUGAUAACGAGCCUCUUCCCCUCUGGGCACUGGCUAACGCCGAUUCGAUUGACGAAGUCACAGAACGCCUUUCCCAAGAUCUAAACGAAGAUAUCAAUGGCAAAGACCCAGAUAUGGGGGAGACAGCUCUUCAUCAUGCUGUUGCGAAUAACAAUGAAACGAUUAUACGUCAAUUAAUAUCUCAUGGCGCCGAUAUCAACGCCACAAACAACUACGGACGAACACCGUUGCACCUGGCGGCUUUGUAUGUCUGCCCCGAAGCCGGGGAAAUCCUCCUUGAUGCUGGUGCCAACGUAGACGCUCUUGAUCAGUGGGGUGCUACACCUCUCGAGUUGCGUGGUUCGAGAAAUUACAGAUCGCUCAAUGUCCUUCUGAUUGAGCGUGGUGCGAAAUUGCCGGAGGAGACAGAAGCUUUGAAUGCUUACCUUGAACUGGCCGUCGUUAAUGGCAGUGCCGACGCAGUUCGUCGACUGGUAGAUGCUGGGGCGGAGCUCUGGAGGAAGGACUGGUAUGGAAGGACCCCGUUUAUGAUAGCUAGGACUUAUGAGCAUGAGGACAUUGCAAAUUUGUUGUUGGAGCUGGGUCGGUCGGCUGGUUCUUCGAAUGCAUCUCUGAGGUCGGGGUCGACGGAUGACAGUAGCUCGACGACUGCGACUGCCGAUACCGACCAGACAUCUUUGAUGGAAACUACAGAUGAUCCCGUCAAUCCAGAAGUCAAUAAAGACAUCAAAGAACCGUCUGAAAUGGCAGUUUCAGUUAAGCCGGUUGAAUCGGAGGCCAUCGCAAUGCCCUCACCAGCGGUUACGACGACACCCUCAAAGGAAGGCGUUGCAUCGCAGACAUAUUUCCCGAAAAUUGCUACUGUAGUUUUGGUUUUGAUUGUCGCUAUUUUAGUUGCGUUCAUCAAACGCCAUCAAGACGUUUGA